AUGGCAUUCGCUGGAAAAGAUCCACUAAGAGCUCCAAUAUCUCUUGCUCUAGAAAUAGAGGUGUAUGCGAACUCGAUCGAGUCGGUCUACAGAAGACUUGGUCGAGCUAGACUUUACAACGGAGGGGAAUGGAAACCCUUUGGGAAUGGACUCGGUCGAGCUAGGCAAACUCGACCGAUUGGUCAAGGAGAUGCUCCAAACCGCCACCAACAGAGACAAGGGAUUGUUCCACCACCAGUGCAGAACCACAACUUUGAGAUCAAGCUGGGAAUGAUCAACCUUGUCCAGAACAAGAUGUUCCAUGGAUUGCCAAGUGAAGACCCCAUUGACCACCUUGAUGAGUUUGAUAGGCUUUGUGAUUUGACAAAGAUCAAUGGUGUCUCUGAAGAUGCCAUCAAGCUGAGACUCUUUCCUAUGUCUCUAGCUGACAAAGCUCACCAAUGGGAGAAGAGCUUGCCCCAUGGCACAAUCACCACUUGGGAUGAAUGCAAGAAGGCCUUUCUUGCUAAGUUUUUCUCCACCGGUCGCACAGCCAAGCUUAGAGGAGAGAUAUCCAGCUUCAUCCAGCGAAACAAUGAGACAUUCGCAGAGGCUUGGGAGAGGUUCAAAGGCUACACAAGUCAGUGCCCACACCAUGGAUUCAACAAUGAAUCCUACUCUCCACUCUUUAUAGAGGAUGCUUGCCUAGGUAUAGGGAGAUGCUAG